GUUCAUGGAUAAUGAAAUCCCUCAUCUUAGUCCUUCAGAUGGUAAUAUUUCCAAACGAUAUUAUAAAAGUAUUAAUGGUUCGAAACGUUCCUUAACUGAAGCCGAGAGGGAACUUUUUGAUUGUAGUGAACUUUUGUGUGUCGAAUAUUAUGAUCUUACCUUGCAUCAAGAGCAAGAAAUCUUUAGUCGUGUGCAACUUGGCGUUGCCUUAACGCCAGCUGAGAAACUCCAAGCUAUUAGUAGUCCGAUGGCUGACUUUGCGCAUACAAUUUACACUCAACAUCCUUCCAUAUCUGCUAUAAUGGAUACAAAACGUGCUCGACCUUUUCAAUUGAUUACUCAAUCUUUACACAUGAUUGAAAUGGAACCAGAAAAAUUUAAUGCUACUCCAGCAACCAUUACCAAAUUUUUGAAGGAAGAUCGUGAAGUUCCGGAAUCUCUUCGAACGUUAGCAAAUCAAGUUUAUCGAACGAUAGAAGAGAUGAUCGAAGAUGAUACCGAACUUUUCCAUCGUGAUAACAAAUUAGCUCCCGUAGAAUUUGUCUUUCUAACAUACUUAAUUUCAAAGUAUCCUGGUCUUCCGAUCUUCCAAUAUCAGAAUCGUCUUUUGGCGAUGAAGAAACAUGUCCGCGCAAAACAUGAUGAUAUCAGAUUCAAUAACAAGGUGUACGAUACGUUGAAAAAGUUUAUUGAUAACAUGGAGUUCGAGUACGUACCUGCAACUCAUCAAUCUAGUAAUUCUUCUUACUCUUCUCCUGUUCAAGCAUCAUCAUUUGACACUCAAACUUCGUCUGCGACCCCUCGUGUUGGUAGGAAGAGGGUAAAGCAUAAUCCUGCUGAAUAA